AUGUUCAACGAUAACAAUAACAAUCAUUUGGAGUCGUCAUCGUUUGAGGCUGCUGCUGUAGAGUUUUCUCCUAGUCUAGGAUUUCCACCCUCUCUGUUGUCAUUACUCUCAUCAUCGAUGAGUAAUCCGAUGGCUGAGGAGGAUGUUUUGCAAUUAUUUGCCCAAUCAGAGGAUGUUACUUCAGAGACAACAUCUUCGGAGGAAAAUUUUGGACAAAGCUAUGAAGAAAAACCAGAGGAAAAGGAUGAGGAUUUACAUCCAAUUGCCUGUAUAAGAUGUAGAAAGAUGCAUAAAUUUUGUAGCCGUCACAAAACUGGUUGUGAAAGAUGUAAAGCCAAAGGAAUUGUUUGUGAAUUUAGAGAAUCAAAGAGAGUGAGAGGUUCUUCUGAUAAUUUGGAAGAUAAAAAGAGAAAGAAACCUAAUUCACCAUCUGAAACAGAAUCUGGACAAAGUGAUGAGUCUGAACUCUUUGUUGCACCAGAUGCCUCAUUAACAAAAUCAUUUCCAAAGCACUUUUCAAAACCAUUAGCUAUCAAUUGUUAUUAUUGGAUGAUUUGUGACAUUAAUGUUAUUGUGGAAAAGAAGGAAAUGGAAAAGUACAUUCUUCACAACUUUGGAACUGAUACUAUCACCAAGAAGGAAAUGGAAGCAUUCUUCUAUAGUGCCAAAGCUCUAGUGGAACAAUUUGUUGGAUUGUGUGAUAUUGCUGAAGAGUCUGCUCAAAAAUCAAAGAAAAAGUUGGCUCUUCUCAUUGACCAAGAACCAACUCACCUCAUUGCUAGUACCUACUAUAAUCUGGCACUUUAUGAGAUUGGAACUGGAAGGAAAAUAUCUAGUUAUUAUCUUCAUUGUGCCAAGUUUAGAUAUAUGAAUAAGACAGCAUUGGAAGUUUCGAAUAUGAAUGAUUGUGAAAUCAUGUUACAAAGGUCUAUUGGAUUCCUUGAGCAUUUGGUUAUUGAUGAGCAGGAUGUCACUCAGAUGACUAAGAGUUUCCCAGCAUUAUUUCAACAUGCUUCUGGUCAAUCUCUACCUGAUUCUAUUGCCCUUUCACUACAAGAGGAGGUGACACAAGAAAAUUGUUUCAAUUUCAUCAAGUUAGGAGAAGAAAUGGCAAAACUAAUCAUUACCUCCACCAAGAAUAGAGCUUGCAAACAAAAGACUGAAAAACAAAUGGUAACCUACGACAAGGCACUGAACUUUUUACAAAAUAUCUUCUGUUAUGGAGUUCGUAUCGGUAUUCUUGUAAAGGCAAGAUGCAAUAUCAACAUGAUUGAAGAAUCGAGUCUCAAAAUUACCUACCUCACUAUGAAUGAGUUCUUUGGAGUUGCCUCUGUAUUCAUGAUUCCAUUCUUUGCUUUGGCAGCAAGAGUUCACUUGCAAAUAGUGAAAUCCAUAGAGGAUGGUACGAGAAAUAAUUUUGAAAUGGGUAUUGGACCAGAUGACAAGCCUGUUCAAAUUGAUUACUAUGACAUUUUAGCAAAGGAUUACAGAGCAUUGAAUGUGUUGGGACGUAGAUUUAAAAGAAUUCAAGUUUGUAACCAAAAACUCCUCUCUACCAUUGCAGAAAUUCUCAACAAUAGAAACAAGAAUGAUGCCAAUGUUUCCAAUCAUUUACAGGAAUUUUUAGACUCAACUGUGUGGAAAUAAUAUAUGAGCAUUCAUAGAGGAAGAGUAAUUGGAUCAAUAAUGAUCAAUAGUUCAUAGCAAGAUAGUAUCAUUGAACACGCACACAGUGUUAUUAUUAUAACACACCAGACUGAGUCUUAAUAAACGUACCUUAAUGUGAGCUUG